GCCCGCCUCGUUUUCUCCCCUUCCCCUCUGCUCCGCACCUACGCAUCGCCGCCUCCUCCCCUCUCUGUCUAGUCCUCCCAGAGUCUAGUCCUCGUCUUCCUCCCGCAACCACCUCGUCCCUAUCCGCAGCAACCGUUCGCCGCGGCGCGCGAGACCAGCUCGAUCCGACCGAUGGCGGCCAUGGCUUCCCUGCCCCGCGCGGCCCGCCUCCUCCGAUCCGCCGUCGGGCGGCUGAGGUCGCCCCCUCCGCCUCCGGCGCGGCCCUUCUCCAGCGCCGCGGGGACCGGGACCGGGACGGGGGCGGGGACCGGGCGCGAGGCUGCGAUCGUCGCCGCCGCCGUGGCGCUGGCCGGGUCCGGGCUCGGGCUGUGGCUGAAACCGCCCUCGCUCGCCGACUCCGGCGAGGCGGUCGGCGGCCAGAUCUUGGUCGCCGGCGCCACGGAGGCCCGGGAGGAGAAGGGUCGAUUCCUGUUCGCAGACUCAUUCCGCAGAAGGGUGUUCUUUAACUACGAGAAGAGGAUACGGCUUCUCAGCCCUCCUGAAAAGAUCUUCGAGUACUUUGCAUCUGUGAGGAACCCAGAAGGCGAAGUUUACAUGUUGCCCGCUGACUUGAUGAGGGCAGUAGUCCCUGUUUUCCCUCCAUCUGAGUCGACUGCAGUUCGCGAAGGGCGAUUAAGGGGGGAGCGGAGCCCUGGAGAGUUGCAUUGUGCUCCAUCGGAAUUCUUCAUGAUGUUCGACACAAAUAGCGAUGGCCUCAUCUCCUUUGCCGAGUACAUCUUUUUUGUGACAUUGCUCAGCAUUCCCGAGUCAAAUUUCAGUGCGGCUUUCAAAAUGUUCGACGUUGACCAUAGCGGGGUGAUCGACAGAGAGGAGUUUAAGAAAAUAAUGGCACUGAUGCGGUCUUUUAAUAGACAAGGAGCCACCCAUAAGGAUGGCUUACGUAUUGGACUUAAAGUUGGCCAGCCUGUGGAAAAUGGUGGAGUGGUUGAGUUCUUCUUUGGUAAUGAUGGCAAUGGACCUCUACACUAUGAUAAGUUUACAAAAUUUUUGAAGGAUUUGCAUGACGAGAUUAUUCUUCUGGAGUUCAGUCAUUAUGAUGUCAAGUCAUCUAAAACAAUACCAGCAAAGGAUUUUGCAUUUUCCAUGGUUGCUUCUGCUGACAUGAAUCACAUCAGCAUGCUGCUUGAUAGAGUUGAUGAUUUGGUCAAUAAGCCUGAUCUGAAGGACAUUCGCAUAUCCUUUGAGGAGUUUAAGGCAUUUGCUUAUUUGCGCCGAAGAUUGGAGCCACUGUCGAUGGCCAUCUUCGCAUAUGGGAAAGUGAACGGAUUGUUGACAAAGCAGGAUCUAAAACGUGCGGCGCAACAUGUUUGCGGGGUUGACUUAACUGAUAGAGUGCUGGACAUCAUUUUUCAUGUGUUCGACACAAAUCAGGAUGGGAACCUGAGCUCGGAAGAGUUCUUAAGAGCGUUACAAAGACGAGAAACUGAUAUUCGUCAACCAACAAUACCCGGCCCUUUGGGGUUCUUGUCUUGCUGGUUCAAUGGUAGGAAGUGUUCUUCACUUCGACAGAUGGUGUUCUGAUUGGUUCUCUCUAUGAUCCUCAAUAUAAAUGUCGUUCGACUUUUUAUUGUCAUCUCGAGGUGCAGAAGAUAACCACCAAGUAGUGCGCUGCUGCUGGACGUCGAAAAGAUUUUGCUGUAAAUAUCGUCCGUGUGGGCCCAGUAACUGUAAAUAGUGUCUUGUCUACGUUGUGUUAUUCUCAUCCCGUUUGUAAAUUAAACCCCAUAUGACCUUAAGAAGUCCUUGUCAAAUGUCUUCCAUUCACCUGUAUUUUUAGUCAGAAGGUUUUCUC